CCUUAGUCCACAGCACCAUAGGUGGUAAUUUGUUUACAUAACAGAGCAGCUCUAGGUUUGCACAACCAUGUCAAUGGACAGCUCAGUGGUUUUUUUCAGUUCUUGGACGAUUCUAGCUCUAUUGCUUGCAUUAGGAACAACUGCUCCUCAAGCCCAUGCUCGAGCUUUCUUAGUGUUUGGAGAUUCGCUUGUUGACAGUGGCAACAAUGACUACUUGGUGACGACUGCCCGUGCUGAUUCUCCUCCUUAUGGUAUUGAUUAUCCAACUCACCGACCCACUGGCCGCUUCUCUAAUGGCCUCAACAUUCCAGACAUUAUCAGUGAACAAAUCGGGGAACAACCCACAUUGCCCUACUUGAGUCCAGAGCUUACAGGAGAAAGACUACUUGUUGGUGCCAACUUUGCUUCUGCUGGAAUUGGAAUACUUAAUGACACUGGAAUUCAGUUUCUAAACAUAAUUCGAAUCUACAAACAAUUGGAAUACUUCCAACAAUACCAGCAAAGGGUGACAACUCUCAUUGGAGCUGCACAGACUGAACGACUAGUAAACCAAGCGCUCGUCCUCAUUACUCUCGGUGGCAACGAUUUUGUCAACAACUACUACUUGGUGCCCUUCUCAGCGAGAUCUCGCCAAUUCUCUCUCCCAGAUUACGUUCGCUAUCUCAUCUCUGAGUACCGAAAAGUCCUAAGGAGGCUAUAUGAGUUGGGAGCACGAAGGGUCCUGGUGACAGGGACCGGGCCAAUGGGCUGUGUUCCAGCAGAAUUAGCUAUGCGCAGCAGAAACGGGGAAUGUGCAGUGGAACUGCAGAGGGCUGCAGAUUUGUUCAACCCGCAACUCGUCCAAAUGAUCAAUGGACUCAACAAUGAAAUUGGUGGAGAUGUGUUUAUUGCUGCAAAUGCAUUUAGAAUGCACAUGGACUUCAUCAGUAACCCCGGAGCAUAUGGGUUUGUUACAUCAAAGAUAGCAUGUUGUGGGCAAGGACCCUACAAUGGGCUAGGGCUGUGCACCAUUGCUUCCAACUUGUGCGCGAACCGAGACAUAUACGCGUUUUGGGAUGCAUUUCAUCCAUCAGAGAGGGCCAACAGAUACAUUGUGCGACAGAUCCUGAGCGGCUCAACGGACUAUAUGCACCCCAUGAAUCUCAGCAACAUCAUGGCAUUGGAUUCAAGGACCUAAUAUAUAGUUGUUAAUCUUCCUUUAGCUUCUAUAUAUUUAUAUAUGGAUAUAAUUAUGUCUUUUUAUUGUCGUUUUGUGUGUUUGGAUGUUAAGAAACUUGAAGUGUGAUGUCUCAAAAUUAAAUGUAUUGACCGGUGGGCAAGCAUAAGGUUAGAUUCUUCAUCAAUAACUUGUAUGGAAGCAGUUAUAUAUAUGAGCAAUUUCAGUUUGUUUUUGCA